AUGCCCCUCUUCAAAUCCAAAUCCGAACCCAAAUCAGCACCACAAGCUCCCGCGAUCAUGACUUGGCAAUGUUCAUGCGGAACUUUCAAUAGAUCAUACCCAGGUACCGCUACUAGAAAGUGUAGGAAGGAUACUUGCGGGAUGUACCGAGUAUACAAGAAUGGAGAUUGGGAAGAGAAUUAUCAUGGAGGCAAGAGAUCUUAUUAUGAGCCAUGGCAAAAAGACCCCAACGUUGAUUGA